AUGUUAGGUAAGCAGGCAUGGCGGAUGCUAACUAAUGCUGACUCAUUGGUAUCUUGUGUUUAUCGGGCCAGAUAUUAUCCCAAACAUACCUUUUAUGAGGCAGGGCUGGGGAAUAAUCUCAAUUUUUGUUGGCGCAGUAUUAUGGCAGCUAAGGAACUGGUCUAUGGGGGAGUAAGGCGGGAACUGGUCUGUGGGGGAGUAAGGCGGCGUAUUGGGACUGGAAAUUCAACGCUAAUCUGGGAGCACCCGUGGCUCCAGGAUGAAUUGGAUCCUAUGAUCCAUAAUGAGAUGUCACCCCAAUUAUCAGGAGCUAAAGUAAGUGGAUUGAUUGAUCCGGAUACUGGAACCUGGGACCACCAUAUUCUCUCAGAUAUUUUCCAACCAAGUGACAUACCCCGUAUUCUAAAAAUACCAGUAUCUCUGGAAUAUGAUGAUGAUUGGUAUUAG